AUGCCUAAAGAAAUUAUUGGAUAUGUGGACGGAAUUGAAGCUUCACGAUCUGUUGGUAACAACAAACAAUAUAAAUUUUUUAAAUUUUACCUUAAUAACGGAAAUGGUAAAAGAAUACAAAUUGUAGCAUGGAAUGUUAACAUAGAUUUGGUUGAAAACUAUAUUCAAACUAAUCGUAUUAUAUACUUGGAUGGUGUACAAGCUAAACCGCCAAAGGUGGCAUUAUACAACAAUGUAUUAGAAGGAUAUAUCAAAACUAAUUUAAGCAGUAUACAUAAUAACAAAUUAAAUAAAAUCAUUGGAUGCGGAUCAUUAACGGACGGUGUUUAUAAAUUAGAAGUACACAUUGUUAAUUUUGUAGAAGAUGAUUAUUACGAAAUGGAUAUCCGAAAGGGUGACAAAAUAGAAAUUAUUGGAGUGAUGAGCAAUACAGGU